CAUGUCCCUGCGACAAAGCAAAGCACCCCUGCUUUUCAUUUGCAAGACAACCCGUCUCCCGGUCUCAUUUCUUCCUUCCAUCUGCCAUCUCGCUUCAUCAGCCUUCGAUUACUCACUCGUCUAUAAGUUUGCAGCAGCACGGUGGUAUUCAGAGGUGGAGCGAGGAGGUUCUCAUCAUGAGGUUGUCGUGGCCGUGGAGGCGGAAGACGCAGCUGGCGGCAGCGCCGCCGCCGCAUGGUGAUGAUGUGCCGGUGGCCGUGGGCACCCACCUCCACGUCGGGGCCGGCGAUGACGGUGACGACGCCGACGCCGAGUCGACCGCGGCGUCGUUGGAAUCGGAGCGCAGCCACCUGACGACGCUGCCGGUGGAGGAACCGGGGCACGUCGACGAGGACGCCGGCCGGAACGGGGUGCGCCACACCCACUACGAGGUGGAUGGGUCCGGUUCGGAGGAGGGCGAGGGCUGCAGCGAGAGCGAUACUGAUGAUCAGUCGGCGGAGGCUAAUGUCGACGGCCGGCACCGACGACGCCGGCCGAGGCACCACCGCCGGGGAGGGAGAAGGAGGCGGCGGCCUGCCGGCGGCGUCCCGGCGCUCAUGGUCGUCGCGCCCGCCGCGGCGGUCAUGCUGCUCGCGCUCGUGGCGCUCGUCACCUGGAAGAGGCGGCAGCGCCGGAUGCUGUAGCUGGAUGACAUUGACACAGUUACUGCAGUAACAUUCCCUGGCAGUACGCGUGGCAGCCGUAGGAUCAGUGUGCAAGUGGACCCGGGUGUAUAAAAGUUCCGGGGGCGAUUUCUUUUCCUUUACUUUUUAACAGAGAGGUGUGGUUUUCAGGCUACAAAAUCGAAUUGAAGCAUUUGGCCGGGUUCAAUA